AAUAUUGACAGAGCAGCCACCUCAUACAGAUAAAAGUGACAUGCUAAGAGAUUUUUAAGUAAAAACCUGAAGAACAGACGGAUAUCCAGACAUGAUUUUAAAUAGAGACAACAGCAAAGAUGGAAAAUCAUUGCAACAUAACAUAAGCAAAGACUCUAUAUGCACAGUCAAAGUUGGAUCCAGAAGUCUUCCGCUGUAUCCGUUGGUUAUCGUGUGUUUAGGAAUGCUAAACACUAUUCUGAUGUUAACUCCUGUUGUUAUUGGGAUUAAAUAUGGCCAAAUCAGUGAGGAAUCCACUCCACACCAAAUAACAGCACAAGAACUCAUCAUAGAGGUAAAGGAACUUCACACAAUGCAGACUAAAGCAAUUAAAGCUCAAGAAGAGGCCCAACAAGCAUUAGAGAAAGAGCUCAGGAGCCAUCAGCAACUUAAACUGCAGUUAAAACAUAACAAGACCAUCAACGAUGCCAUUGAGAGGCAGUAUGAGACACUACAGUUUGAGAGAGCAAUGCUACAGUCCGAAACAUUGGAUCUCCGGGAAAAUUGUGGACAUUGCCAGUCCGGAUGGGUUUUAAUAUACACAUCCUGCUACUUCCAUUCUUCAUCAGCACAUGAUCCCUUGAAGAACUGGCAAGACAGCAGGGUGGAUUGUAUCAGGCGUGGGGCCGAUCUGGCUGUGAUUGAUAACCUGGAGGAGCAGGUAAAUCUUUUUGAGUACCUACCUAAACAGAAUCCAAGCAUUGGACCAUGGAGGAGCAAGCCAGAGGGCAUUUGGAUUGGCCUUACGGAUAUUCAAACAGAGGGCAAAUGGGUGUGGGUCAAUAAUGUGACUCAGCAGGAUGGAGGGUACUGGAUACAAGGGGAGCCCAACAAUUUGGGGCCUUUGGGUGAGGACUGUGCAGCACUUAAGAGCAUUAACCCUAGGGCAACAUGGUUUGAUGGUAACUGCCAGGUAAACAGAGAAUGGUUAUGUGAAAUGGAACCCAACUAGCAGUGGAGAGCAUGGUGGUCCCCAUCAAGGCUGAGCUUCAGGCUCCUCAAAGAAGUCGACUCCAUAUUGUCAAACAAGCUGCCAUCAUAUGAGAAGAGAAGACCCAGUUAUUUUCCCUAUCUGGAUAUGUUGUAUGCAAGUUUAUUUGGUCUUGAAUAAAUACAUGGAAUAUAAUAACAACAGUGGUACUUAAAUGCAGUUGUGCUAAAGUUGCUAAUCAUCUUCUGGUUGUAUCUUGAAAUU